AUGGCGGACCCAUUCGAAGAUGUCAUGAACCUUGAAGAGCAAUUCUAUCAAGAGGGUUAUCAGCAGGGAAUGGCAGAUGGCGCCAAGGCUGGCAAGAUGGAAGGGAGAGGGCUCGGAUUGGAGAAGGGGUAUGAGAAGUUCAUGGAGAGCGGCAGGUUAUAUGGCAGGUCCUUGGUCUGGGCCAGUCGGCUUCCGCAAGGCCAACAAGCAGAAUCGGGAGCGCCGGAAAGCCAAAAAACACAGCCAUCUCAGUCCCAGCUUCCUAUGCUGUCAGGAAAUCCAAGACUCAAGAAGAACAUUGUGACUUUGCACGCCCUGGUCGAGCCCGAAACUCUUGCGACAGAAAAUUCAGAUGAGGCCGUCAAUGAUUUCGACGACAGGAUAAAAAGGGCACAGGGCAAGGCAAGGAUAAUAGAGCGGAUGACGGGAGAUCAGGUUCCGCAAGUUGCCGACAAGGAAACAGGAUCUAAGUUGGCGAGCAACGUAAGCAAAGGAAACCUGGAAGUCUGA